AUGAAUCUCAAGGUAGUCCUCGUGUUCCUGGCACUGUCUCUCAUCACCAUCUUUGCCCUGGCCUAUGUCUUGCUGACCAGCUGUGGUGGCUCCAGCCUGCCUCCCCGCUGCCCCUCUGUAUCCCCCCGUGCCCAGCCCUGGACACACCCCGGCCAGAGCCAGCUGUUUGCAGACCUGAGCCGAGAAGAGCUGAUGGCUGUGAUGAGCUUCCUGACCCAGAAGCUGGGGCCAGACUUGGUGGAUGCAGCCCAGGCCCGACCCUCAGACAACUGCAUCUUCUCGGUCGAGCUGCAGCUGCCCCUCAAGGCUGCAGCCCUGGCCCACCUGGACAGGGGGAGCCCCCCACCUGCCCGGGAGGCACUGGCCAUCAUCUUCUUUGGCGGACAACCCCAGCCCAAUGUGACUGAGCUGGUAGUGGGGCCACUGCCCCAGCCCUCCUACAUGCGGGAUGUGACCGUGGAGCGUCAUGGGGGUCCCCUGCCCUAUCACCGACGCCCCAUGCUGGCAACCGAGUCUGCCCAGAUGUGGACGCAUCUGAAAGAGGUGGAGUUCCCCAAGGCCCCAGUCUUCCUGGCUUCUGUCUUCAACUACAAUGGCUCCACUUUGGCGGCUCUGCAUGCCACCCCUCGUGGCUUGCGCUCAGGGGACCGUGCUACCUGGAUAGCCCUCUACCAUAACAUCUCAGGUGUCGGGAUUUUUCUUCACCCCGUGGGGCUCGAGCUACUGCUGGACCAUAGGGCCCUGGACCCUGCCCAUUGGGCUGUCCAGCAGGUUUUCUACCUCGGGCAUUACUAUGCAGACUUGGGUCAGUUGGAAUGGGAGUUUAAGGCUGGCCGGCUGGACGUGGUUAGAGUUCCUCUACCCCUGCCAGAUGGGGCCUCAUCCCUCCGCUCCCGGGUCUCCCCAGGCCCUCUCCCCCCUCUUGAGUUCUCACCUCAGGGCUCCCGGUACAGCGUCCAAGGGCACCUGGUGGAAUCUUUCCUCUGGACAUUUACCUUUGGCCAUGGGGCAUUCAGUGGCAUGAGAAUUUUUGAUGUUCGGUUCAAGGGUGAGCGAGUGGCCUAUGAAGUCAGUGUCCAGGAGUGUGUGUCUAUCUAUGGCGCCGAUUCACCCAAGACCAUGAUGACCCGAUACCUUGAUAGCAGCUAUGGACUUGGCCGGCACAGCCGAGGCUUGGUGCGGGGAGUAGACUGCCCCUAUCAGUCUACCAUGGUGGACACCCACGUGUUGGUGGGUCAAGGGGCAGUCCAGCUGCUCCCUGGAGCUGUGUGUGUAUUUGAGGAGGCCCAGGGACUACCCCUCCGAAGGCACCACAAUCAGCUUCAGAGUCAUUUCUAUGGUGGUUUGGCUGGCUCUGCCCUCGUAGUCAGGUCUGUGUCCUCUGUAGGCAACUAUGACUACAUUUGGGACUUUGUAUUGCACCCAAAUGGGGCACUCGAAGGGCGGGUCCAUGCCACGGGCUACAUCAACACAGCUUUCCUGAGCGGGGGAGAGGAGAGCCUCCUCUUUGGGAACCGCGUGGGGGAGCGAGUGCUGGGGGCGGUGCACACACAUGCCUUCCACUUCAAGCUGGACCUGGAUGUGGCAGGGCUGAAAAACUGGGUGGUAGCUGAAGACGUGGUGUUUAAACCUGUGGCAGCCCCUUGGAGUCCGGAGCACCAACUGCAGCGCCCACAGCUGACUCGGCAGGUCCUGGGAAGGGAGGACCUGACGGCUUUUUUCUUGGGGAGCCCCCUUCCCCGCUACCUUUACUUGGCUAGCAACCAGACUAAUGCCUGGGGUCAUCAGCGCGGGUACCGAAUCCAGAUCCACAGCCCUCUUGGCAUACACAUGCCGCCGGACAGCACCAUGGAGAGGGCCCUCAGCUGGGGGAGAUACCAGCUUGUGGUGACCCGGAGGAAGGAGGAGGAGUCCCAGAGCAGCAGCAUCUAUUACCAGAAUGACAUCUGGACAGCCACUGCGGCCUUUGCUGACUUCAUCAACAAUGAGACCCUCUUAGGAGAGGACCUGGUGGCUUGGGUUACAGCCAGCUUCCUGCACAUCCCCCAUGCUGAGGAUGUCCCCAACACAGUGACUCUGGGGAACAGAGUUGGCUUCUUGCUCCGACCCUAUAACUUCUUUGAUGAGGACCCCUCCAUCUUCUCCCCUGGCAGUGUCUACUUUGAGAAAGGCCAGGAUGCUGGGCUCUGCAGUGUGAAUCAUGUGGCUUGCAUUCCCCACCUGGCAGCCUGUGUCCCGGACCUGCCGCCUUUCUCUUACCAAGACUUGUAG